AUGGCCCGGACCAGGAAAAGCAUCGCCUGCGUCGCGGCCGAGAAGACAGCUUCUGGGGCGGAUAAGGCGACAAUUGAAUUGGCCGCAGAAAAGACCACGAAGCGACAUCGCAUGAGUCUUUGCAAAGCCGCAGAGACGUUAUACCUGGCAGGCUUGGGCGACGACGCUCCAGAAGAGGUCCAAAAGAAGAUCAAGACGAUCUCCAAGUGUUUGAUGGUCGCCCGUGGCCGACAUCGCAUGAACGUUGCCGCCGCUGUCAAAGAGACCAUUUGCGGCAAGUCCGACGAGGAGGAGACCAAGACCGCGAAGUCCGAGGGCAAUGUCGAGGCCAAGAGCAGCAAGGACGGCCCGAGCGAUGCGAAAGAAGCGUCGGCGCCGAAAGCUACCCCAAAGCCUAAGUUCAUGAGCAAACUCAGGGCUUGCGCCAAGGAAUUCCAGCCCUCCGAGAAGCAGUUGUCCAUCAAGCAGAAGAUCGCCGCAGCGGUGGCCGCCGCCUACAAACGCAAUGGGCCUGUAGAGAAGCCCGAGAAGAGCGAAGUGAAGGAGGAAUGGACCACGGCCUACGAAGAUAUGUCCUUAUAUGGCUAUGAAGAUUACAGCUGGCAGGGACAGUACGGCUGUGAUGGCAGCUACGGCUGGAGCCAAAUGAACUGCAACCAGAUGGGUUGCAACCAAAUGGGUUGCAACCAGAUGGGAUACCAGCAGACAGGCUACAACCAGAUGGCUUGUGGCGGUUGUGGCAUGGGAUGUCAGGGCCGCAACCAAUGGCAAGGAAACCAAUGGCAGGGCCAGGUCAACAAUGCUGCCGUGAGCAAUGCUGCGGCACCGACUGAACCAUCCGUGGCACCUCCACCAGUGCUUGAGCAGGGCAAUCUGCCGCCAACCACUGCGGAAAGUGCUGUGUUGCCACCGAUUGCCCCUCCAAGUGAAAGUCCGAAGGACGACGAGACGAAAAAGGCCCAGAUCACGCUGCCGCCGAUCAAUGGUGCACUGCCGGCACAAAGUCCAAAGCAGGAAGCACCAGCGGGCAAGUCAGAAGAACCACUGCCCCCCAUAGAUGGCGAGGCCCAAGAAGCGCCUUCUGAUUCGAUAUUGGACACAGUAGCAGAUGCCUUGGUGGAACAUGCGGAACAGGCUGGUCCUGAGGCUUCCCAGGCCAAGGCUCAGAAGGAGUGGGGGCAUCGGGGUGCUGAUGAUGUGGAGCUGCAGCCUGAACAAAAUGAGAAGGCUGACAAAACGCAGCCAAACACCACGACUUCACAGGAGCCCACAGAAACGCCAGAAAAUGGCCAGGCUGCAGAAGCAGCCGAGGAAGCCCACGAGCCUCAAGAGGAGACGCGCAGCAGCAUCAGUGACCAGCUGGAGGUGUCGCGGGUCUCCAACGAAAAGCUGCAGGCUGAUACCUGA